CGGCGAACCGCGGGGGCGGGGCUGCACUGAGGCGCUGAGACGGCCGUGGCUGCUCGUCCUGGCUGGCGGGGCGGGGGUCUGGCGAUGGGGGCGGGAGGAACAACGGGCCGGUGAGCGCCACGGCCGCCGUCCCCGCCGAGCUCGCGCGGGCAGCCGCUGCGCUGUAGUUGCCGCCCGACCCCCUGAGAAGAGGACGUUGGAGAGGCCCUCCGCAAGCAGCCACGGUGACAACCCGGCGUCGGCGCGAUGAACCGCGGUGGCAGCAGCGCGUCGGCCUCGGCCAACUACCUGCUCUGCACCAACUGCCGGAAAGUGCUGCGGAAGGAUAAAAGAAUCAGAAUGUCUCAACCCCUAACAAGAGGACCAAGUGCCUUUAUUCCAGAGAAGGAAGUUGUCCAAGCAAACACAGUGGAUGAACGAACAAACUUCCUUGUGGAAGAGUACUCUACAUCCGGUCGUCUGGACAACAUCACACAGGUGAUGAGCUUGCACACUCAGUACCUGGAAUCUUUCUUGCGGAGCCAGUUCUACAUGCUGCGCAUGGACGGCCCCCUCCCCCUCCCAGACCGGCACUACAUUGCCAUCAUGGCUGCAGCCAGACACCAGUGUUCCUACCUAAUAAACAUGCAUGUGGAUGAAUUUUUAAAGACUGGGGGGAUUGCUGAGUGGCUGAACGGCUUGGAAUAUGUACCACAACGACUGAGAAAUCUUAAUGAAAUUAACAAGCUGCUGGCACACCGGCCCUGGCUGAUCACGAAAGAGCACAUUCAGAAACUUGUCAAAACUGGAGAAAAUAAUUGGUCCCUGCCUGAGCUAGUGCACGCCGUAGUCCUCCUGGCUCACUAUCACGCUUUGGCUAGCUUUGUUUUUGGUAGUGGCAUCAACCCAGAAAGAGAGCUGGGAAUCUCCAAUGGAUUCAGACUAAUCUCGGUGAACAGCUUCUGUGUCUGUGACCUAGCUAAUGACAACAACAUCGACAACGCAUCCCUGGCAGGCAACAACUUUGGGAUUGUGGAUUCACUGGGUGAGCUAGAAGCCUUAAUGGAAAGGAUGAAAAGGCUUCAGGAAGACAGGGAAGAUGGAGAGACGACUUGCGAAGAAAUGACCACACGUUUUGAACAGGAAAAGAAAGAAAGUCUCUUUGUGGUCCCUGGAGAGACUUUCCAUUCGUUUCCUCACUCAGAUUUUGAAGAUGACAUGAUCCUAACAGCUGAUGUCUCUCGAUACAUCGAAGACCCAGGUUUUGGGUAUGAGGACUUUGCCAGGCGAGGAGAAGAGCAUCUACCAACAUUCCGAGCCCAGGACUACACCUGGGAAAAUCACGGGUUCUCCCUGGUGAACAGGCUUUACUCGGACAUUGGACAUCUGCUGGAUGAGAAGUUUCGAAUGGUCUACAAUCUCACUUACAACACAAUGGCCACCCAUGAGGAUGUUGACACUACCACGCUACGCAGAGCUUUGUUCAACUAUGUUCACUGUAUGUUUGGAAUCAGGUAUGACGACUAUGAUUAUGGGGAAGUUAACCAGCUACUUGAACGGAGCCUGAAGGUUUACAUCAAGACAGUGACCUGCUACCCUGAGAGAACCACAAAGCGCAUGUAUGACAGCUACUGGCGGCAGUUCACACACUCAGAGAAGGUGCAUGUGAACCUGCUUCUGAUGGAAGCUCGGAUGCAAGCUGAACUGCUUUAUGCCCUGCGUGCGAUAACUCGGCACCUGACCUGAAUGAAGCUCCACCAGGAAGGCAGCGACACAUGUCAGGGCCUCUCCUCCCACAGGACUCCCAUCAGAACUUGUUUGUGAUGCAGCUCAGCGGUUGUUCAGUUCCUAGUGUCAAAGUUGAGCUGCCGGGGUUUUGUUUUUGUUUGUUUUGUUGUUGUUAGGGUUUGAUUUGGAGGGGGGUUGUUUGUUUGUUUGGUUUUAUUUUUUUCUGGCUGUAAUGUGCAAUGGUGUGUUUUAUAUUUCUCAAUGCUUAACAUUGCUAACAAUUGCAAAGAGUAAGCCUGAUGAGCACUACUUUACAUUGCUUAGAGUUGGAUUUUUGGAUCUGACCAUAAAUCAUGAACUGGUUUGUUAAUGCUUCACUUCAGUACUUUAGAGUUCAUGUGUAUGUGUAUUAUUUUUCUUUACUUAAAAAAAAAAAUAAGGAAAAGUGCUUACAAUCCACUCAAGCAGUUGUUUUUCAGAUACCAACAUUCAGCAGAGUGGUGUCCUCUACCGCUCUAAUGCCCACGUGUGUCCUGAGUCUGGGAAAAGCAUGUGCUGUGGAACCAGGCUGCUCCCAGGACACAGCUUACAUCCCUGGAGAUGAUCAGGCACUGUUCUGGUUUUGUUUGUCUGAUUUUUUUUUUUCUUACACUGCUAUUGGCAAUAACGUGAAAUGUGAUACAGACAUCGUCCAUAAUUUAAUGUGAAAUUAUGAUGAAUUCUAUAGCAUGCUACUGAAAUGCCAAACUCAGCUACUUUGUCUUCUAAAGCAGAGGCCUCAUUUUCCCACAUGGCUGUCUGUGUGGCAGGGGACUGAGGACAGUCCCCUGAGUCCGGCACGUGGUCCUCCAUCACCUCUAGUAGCUGGUGCCACAGGGCUGCUUACAUUCUCGGCACACACAAGCCCACACCACACAACACUGACCAAAUGUUUCUUUGCACAGUCUCCCUUUCUGAGAGUUAAGGAAGGUUAGUUAAUACACCCUACUUCCUAUUACACUUUUGGAAAUUAUUUUACAUGACUUUCUUCUUAUAACAGGUUAAGUAAUUUGUUAUUCAGAGGUAAAAAUUGUGUUUCUGUGCAUUAAUGUGAUCGAACAACAACAAAACAGUGCAAUGUUUUUAAAAAUCAACUCAACCUUCCCUAUCAUGUCACUGCAGAAGUGUCCUUUGAAACAGAGCCAUAAAGAAAUGAUCCUCAAAUUUCUUUAUUGUGCUAGGCGUUUUUCAGUUUUACCUUGUUGAGCUUGAACCACGAUUUCACCAUGCCAAAGCAUUCAUUCCCCAGAAAAAUCUGUUUGGACAACUAGUUUUAGAAAAAAAAUGCAUUGUCAUGGGGGAGAGAAAAGGCAGCCCAAAAGCCACAUUUUUGCAUCAAUUUGUGUUGUUGGAUUAGCCUGUCUUCAGAGAGCACAACCUUAUGUGUUGAUAGCUUUACUUUGUGUUGUGUUAAUGAACCAGUGAAGUGCCUAGAGGGCUGCAGGAGCAUCCAGAGGACACAGCUGCACGGCUUAAGCACCUCAGCUUGCUGGAAGGUGACUUCAUCUUACACAUACAUGCUAACCUAGGACAUACCAUCUCUAGGAUGUCAUCCAGGGAGUGCCCACAGAGCACUCACUGAGGGUCUCCCUGAUGUGUAGGGGUACUUUUUCUCUUAGGAAAGAACUGUGGCCAGCGUUCUGUCAGGCUGUCCUUCUGUCUGCCAUCCUUCUCUGGGAUGUUAGCUCCUUUCCCUUAGCAUUCUGUUCCAGAGAAAACCAUGAUGGCUAUAGACUUGUCAGCAUGGGUAGUUUUGCGUUUGUAGACUCUAGGAUCUUGUUUAAAAUCCUCCAUGUGAGGAAAAAGUCACUAGGAGUUUUGAAGACAGGGUGGUUUCUCAAGAGAUUAUUCAGAGAGCUUGUGGCAGGGUUCUGUGUUCUAUCUGUUGUGUGGACUGCCUUCAUUUCAGCUUUCACUAUGUGUGAACGACAAGGAAAGUGUUUACAAGAAUGGUAAAACACAGGAGGUGGCAGGCGUGUCCAUGUGCUUUUCCCAGUUCUAAGGCUUCACAUUAGGAUCUAGUUUAUUAUUACAUUGUGUAAGUGUUAGGAAACUUUGAUUUCAUAGCCCCGUAUUUCUGGUCAGGUGAACUGAACGACAGGAUGAAAUAGUUUUUAUGUAUUGACUAAAAGGAGGAAUUGGCACAGAACCAUGACUAAGCUUUAGACCAAAAGGGAAGGAAAGGGUUAAGUAAAGGGGCCACUUACUUUUUGCUUUUGGUUUUGUGUUGCCCCAGAAAUGCAAGUAGAGAUUGGACUGUGGAAAUAUUAGUGCCUUUAAUAGAUUUCUCUCCUAGCAAAACUUCCUUUUAGUUCAACAGACCAAUCAAUAAUCAGGAAAAAAGAUUGACUUGGAACCGUGAAUAAAAAACACAGCAAUGUAUUUAUUAACCUCAGUGAACCGGCCUCACAAAGUUGGUUUGUGAAGGUGGCCCCACCUCCACACUACAGCAUGCACCUUGUGUUCCUGGUGUGGACACUGCUCUAAGAGUUGCCUGUCAACCCGCUUUAUCCAGUGCAAACUUGAAAUUCUGAUGCGGUUUUCCAGGGUGGCAUUUUUUUUUUUUCAGAGUAUUGAAUUUACAGUGUAGUAAUUUAUAGUGUAGCUUUUUAUACUGAAAUGUGAUAUUUUUCAAAGGAGCUAUUUGACUCAAUUGGUGUAAUAACAGAGCCUAUGAUAAGCUGAGCUGCACCCGGGGCUCACAUUGUGCCAAACAUAAGCAUGUGAGUGUGUGUGAAGAGCACGUCUGAUUGUGAAGCCCUCAACUCCUUGCUCCUUGUGUUAAAAUCAGCCUGAUAACCCUGAUGGACAUGCUGCAGUAAUGCUGUCCAAUUUGGAAUUUCACAUUUGCCAGCAUCUGUGCUAAUUCUUAAUUUCUCAGAUCACUAUCAGAAACAUCAAGGAAAUCAGGCUUGGUGGCACAUACCUGUAAUCCCAAUGCAUGGAAGCCUAAGGCAAGAGGAUGGUGGUUUUGAGGCCAGCCUGGGCUACAUAGUGAGUUCAAGGCCAGCCUGAGCUA